UCCAGUGGCGCUAGGGUAAACAUGGCGGAUCUGUGCGAUCGGGUUACUGCAGUUUGUAGAUUUGUUGACCUUUAGGUUUUGUGGCCCCCGGGAACCGCGGAUCCUCGCCGCGCUCGCUAUGAAGGACCAACUUGGGAUUACGCACACCAGCCAUGCGGUCCACCGUGAGCCCUGUACCAAAGGAUGGGGAGGGAAGCGUAGCCGUUUCUAGUCUUAAGGUCGCCGGUGGGCAGCAUGGUGUCCAAGGGUGCAGAAGGUGACAUCUCUUCCUGGACGAAUAAAGGCCAAGCAGCAGGCAAGAAGGAAACCAAGGAGGACAAGGCAUGGCACGGGGUGAGGACAGUGGUGUUGCAGCGGUCCAGCCCAAACGAGGACCUGGGCUUUACACUCAGACACUUCGUGGUUUACCCUCCCGAUGCGAUCAAGGCUGCCCGGUUAGCAGGAAAACACCCAACAGUUGUAGACCCGAGCUGGGACCAGCACAAGCAAGAAGCCAUGGACACCAUCUUUGUGCGAGAGGUCCAGCCUGGAAGUGCAGCUGACAGGGCAGGUCUUGUAACGGGCGACCGCAUCGUCUCCAUCAAUGGGCAACCUGUCACGGGGCGUUCCUACGCACAAGUCAUUGAUCUCAUCAAGAGGGGGGGUCUGUCUGUACAGUUACUGGUUGUGCCUAAAGAAGAUGACAUCCUUCAGCUAUACUUUGCCAGUGCGGCCUACCAACCAGUGCGGAGGCCACCGUGGCAAACUUCCCAAGGCCGACCAAACACCGAAGGCUCUUCGUUCCUUCCACCCCAGCGGGGACGGGGCGUUCCAACGUCUGAGCCAACGUCACCCGUACACUGCACUCCGUCGACUCACUUCCGGCCUGUCAACCCAGCACGCCGUCGCUUCUUCGGCCUCGAUCCAUCACCACCACCAGCCAUGACUGCAUCUGCCUCUGCUGCAUCUCCACCGCAGGGCACAAUGCUGGGUGACCCCAUCGUCGAACACUGCGACCGAAGCGACCAGAGCAACUUACUUGCCUCACAGCCCAUGUCUCUCAGCUACCCGUCCUACCGAACGGCCGAGGUCGGCGUGCCUCGGCCAACCGCCACGUCCAAGAUGCCUCCGAGUACAAGUGUUCCCAUGCACCUGGGAACUCAGUUCCUCAAGCCCGAAGACCCAUGGUCCACCCAAGGCCAAGCAGACAGCGGUAUUGGGAGUGUAGAAGAUGCUGACGCUAAGCAGACAGCGACGGCGACUACAACGACAACGACAGCAACGACGCAAUCAGACAUAGCAAGCGACGAGCAUUCUUCCCUGAACCUCGUCGCGCAGCGGUUACACCUGUUUGAAUCGGGAGGCCUGCUUGCCCGCUCUCUCGAGAGGAUGAAGUUGUAUCGGAGUGAGCUCGCACGGCUUACUUCAGGCUGUCCAGUGCCAAUCGUGUCGGUGCGCGCGGCCAAGUUUGAGGAAAUGGAUGGCUCGGGCUCGGACGGCCGCAGAGGAGACGGUGCAUCGGAAACCUCGUCGCUGUCGACGGUGCCGCCAGUGUCCUUCGAUCGGCUGCUGCCCUUGUCGUCGCCUACAUCACGCAUCCCUUCAUUUGACCGGUCACCCGACAGCCCCAUUUACGAAGAAAAGGGCUUCUCCUCAUUGCCCGACCAAAGCACACUUGCCCGGGAUAACGAGGAGAGCUCACCGAACCUUGACAACGGCACUGUUUGCCAAACGGAUGAUUUUGCCUCACCAGAGGUUGCCUCGUCUGUUGUGUAUAGGAGAAAAAAUGGUUCUCAAGAAGACAAGGCUCACCCGGCACGACGGACGUCGUACCUUCGAGCGACUGCAAACGAACGCCUUCACCUGGAAUCGGACCAGAGCGAAGAUGAACAACAUUCUGUUUCCAGCACAUCAUCCACCCCAAGCGGAUCUCAUCGAAUCCAAAGGCUAAAGGCAUUCUUUGGCGACAAGGCUUCAAACUCAUCAACACCUGGGGGGGAUGUGAAGAAUGGGGACACAGAGGAACGGCAGCAGUCACAACAACAGCAGCAGCAGCAGCAGCAGCAGCAGCAGCAGCUGCAGCAACCUGAGGUGACAGGUGAUGUCCAGGGAUGGCUGGCCUGCAAGACUGUGCUUGUGGAUGGCAAGAGGUCGAGUGAUCGUUCCUGGAGGCCUGUCUGGGUAGUUCUCAAGGGUGACAAGGUGUACAUAUUGAAAGAUCGCAAGACCAUAGAUUUUGCCGAGGGUUCACGCCUGUCGGUGCGCACCACGAUGAGUGACGUGGCCCAUGACUACACCAAGCGCAAGCACGUGUUUCGUCUCCGCAUGGAGUCGGGCACUGAGUACCUCUUUCAGGCUGACAACCACAGCCGCAUGAUGCAGUGGGUUGAUGCAUUGCGGCAGAUCACAGCCGAGGACUCCGAGGUGGAGGAGCUGAUGCGCAGUGACCGGUCGGUGCUGGAAAAAGCACAGGCCUUCGAGCAGAGCCGGCUGUCACCCAGCAACGCUCCACCAACCAUGGUGCGGCCAGCACCUCGCAAACUGGCUUUGCGUCACCGUUCACCCACGUCCGGAUCACCCCGGGUGAAGUCCAGGCGGGCCUCCCUCGGGGAUGAGCCGUCGUUGAAGGCAGUCCACAUGUGGCGAGGCAAGGUGGUGCACGGCUGGAAGAAGUUUCACGGUUCGCUGGCUACUCUCCCACCCAAGGGACACAGCAUAGGGGUUCCCCUGCACGAGUGCCCUCCAUCACACGAGAACCAGUAUGUCCCUUGGCUGGUGAGCCAGUGUUGCCGUGUCGUGGAGGCGAAGGGCCUGGAGACCGUGGGUGUGUAUCGCAUACCGGGCAACAGUGCCGCGGUAGCGGCCCUCUCUGCCACAGUCAACGGCACGGGUGGGCCUCUGGACCUGACCGAUCCACGAUGGGGCGACGUGCACGUGGUCUCCAGCCUGUUGAAGGCCUUCUUCCGGCAGCUGCCCGAUCCCCUGGCUGGCCUCUACCCGCGAUUCAUCGCUGCUGCCCGCGUACCUCAGGGUGCUCAACGUCUCGCCGCCCUACGAGCUCUGGUACAUGAGCUUCCUGUGCACAACUUUGAAACCCUCAAGUUCCUCAUGCAGCACCUCAAGAAAGUGGUGGCUCACAGUGAUACUAACAAGAUGGAGGCUCGCAACCUGGCCAUUGUUUUUGGACCAACGCUGGUGCGCACAGCUGACAACAGCAUGUUGACCAUGAUAACUGAUAUGUCCCACCAAUGCCACAUCACCGAGGCACUCAUCAACUAUGCGGACUACAUAUUCUGCCCGUCCGACGAGGCCGCAGUCCCAGACCUUCCAUUGGAUGUGACUGCCCUCUCAGACACGGACUCAUCAGUGCUCCUGGGAAACCUGCAUAAAGUUGGUGGGCACGCAGCAGGAGGCUGCAACCCGGACGUGUCCCCUCGAGACCUGGUUUCGUCGCUUGUGAGCGCAGCCAACCGCAAGCUGCGCCAGCGCAAGCUGUCCCUCACCGUGGAGAGCAGCGGUGGCAGCCCAGGCUCCAGUGGUGGGGGUCCCCUGAAGCCAGGCUCACGGGUCAAGGACAAGAUUCUGGCCUUUGAAGGCAAAGUAAGCGAGGAGACGACCAGCAAGGCGGCCAGCAACGGAUCGCUGCCCGCAGAGAGCAGCUCUCCGCCGCCUCCCCUCUCGGCCGGCUCCAGCAGCUAUCCUCCGUCGCCAACACGGACCCUGCUGGGAUCGCCGCCUCAGACGCCCUCUGUAUGCUCAGAGGACUUGUGCUCAUCGCUGGCCAGUGGGAGUGCCUCACCACGAACCUACGGACAGCUGAGUGCGCUAGCGCAGCAGAAGGUGCGCCACCUGGAGGAAGAGACGCGAGCCCAGCUGCGGGCUUCCUCCCGCCGCUGCUGGCCCCCUCCCGCUUGUCCUGGCGGCCCCGCCCAGCGCGAGCAGAUCGAGCGCGAUUGGCAGCGCGCCAAACAGGAGCUCGAGCGCGAGGACCUGCUCGACUUUCUCGCCGACGAACCCGCGGCCUACCUGAGGCUACUCGGAGGUGGGAGUGGCACGCAGCAGCAUCAGCGAUCGUCGCCCGUGCCUUUCAGUCCCCUUGUCGGUGCUGUGGCAGGCACUUUCUUCCGAUCACCGCAGGUGCCCCAAGCAUCACAAACACCACCAUCAGCAAGCUCAGAUCUACUCCAGAAGGACUUGCGCACACAUGGCAUCAUCGAUGACGUUGAUACGCCUUCCAGCUGCCCGGAGACAUUCCAUCAAUUCACAGCAUCGUCGCAGACCAUGGAGUCUCCAUCCGGCCAAUCCCCUAUGCAGCCGUCGCCUGCAAAUCUCUUUGACUCUCUGCACGAGAAGGAGAACAUCCCGCAGAAAAUGGCCACGUCGUCCUCGAGUGGCACAUCAUGCGGCUCUGCAGUGACCUACCGUUGCAAGAAGCAAUGCCUGAAUGGGGCUUCAACACGCUAUGCUAUCUACCGUGUAGACGACGAAGUGGUGGCAGGAGUGGGGCGACCACAGCAGCGGCACUCGGAAAACGGUGUUGUUGCUGCAUUGGUCAGCCGCCUGGUCGAAGGAGAGGCGGCAGCACCUCUUGUUACGAGUGGCACACGCCGGCGACCCUUGUCCUCCAUGGGACUCCAACGGCGACACACCAUUGGGAGCUCGCGCGACGUCAAAUUCCACCCGUUUCCGUCUGUGCGUAAGGUGCCCAGUGGUCAGCGGACAGAUGACGGGGGCGAGUGGAGGAGGACCGCGAGCUUGCGAGUGGCCUCGCCUGUCUGAGAGAGGGGGGGUCAGUGGCUGUGGGUUGAGACAUCGCUUCUGAAGCUGGGAAGAGUGAUGAGAACGCUGGCCUUCCUUCUGCCAGGUGACCGUACACCUGCAGGCAGAGAAACGCGUAAAGCAGAUGAAGCAUCCCACUUUGUGCUUCAGACAGGCUCUUCUGGGUAGCUUGUGCCUCGGAAAUCUAGCGUGCGCAUGCGGGCACACACGCAAUCUUGCAGAGAAAGCCAUGUGUUGGUUAUGCACCCAUGUAAUUGCAUUCGUAUUCACCUACAGGCUUUAGUAAUAAGCAGAUGUGAACAAUAUGGGCUUAAUUGUUAGAAAAAUGUACAAAAAAGAAAACUCUUCUUACUGAGAAGAAUCAUUACAUUCCGUUAAUGCAUUCGUGAGAACAACAUGCUCGAAAAAUUGCAGCAUGAGAGCUGUAGCUGCUACCUCUGACACUUGAUCGUCAAGCCGCAAAUCUAACGGGGAAUGCAGGCUUGCAAUUUUCUUUCGCAGCUGUAGUGUGAACAUACGAAGUGACAGAGGCUUGAUUGCCGUGAUAGUGUAAAUUGUAGAAUGUUGUCGUCAUUGAGAUAGGUAUGUCUUGGACGACUUCUUCAGCAAGUUUAAUCAGCAUUAAUUGAACUCAAUUCUUAUAUGUAGGUUGUGGGAAUGCCUCACAUUUGGCCCUGAGAAGUGCUUGGCUAGCACGUGUGAGCUAGCCGUAGUGCUAGAUUUCUAGGCACAGAUCACUCAGCGUCACCUCGUACAGCUGAGCCUAGCCUGAGCCCCGCUGCUUCAGCAGGCACAGAAUGUCUACUUCUAAGACUUCUGAAGUGUAGGAAAUUGCCCAAUGAACAAUUGGUGUUCAACGUGCUAGAUGAUAUUGCUUGUUUCAUAGUUGCCCUGUAACACAGGGCACCUGCAACACAGUGAGAUCUCCCUUCUUUCUUCUUUUUUUGUCGAUUUCUUCGUUUGCCACCAUUCUCGCAGUAGGGAGUAAAAAAGGAAGUGAAGGCAUUAGCAAACCCAUGCUUAGACAGAACAACCUGUGUUGGCACAUUUUUGUUUUUUUGUCAUCUGCUGUGGCAUGUCUGACUAUUGCAGAGGGUGCUUACAAGGCCUCAUGAGCCACACUGACAAUGAUGAAAUGUUGCAUGUUGCAGCAGCUUUCUUUUUUUUUCUUCUGACAUUCUGCUCAAUGAAGUAAGCCAACUCAUUGUAGCGGCCUCUAGCCUUGAGUUUCCAUGCAGGAUAGAAAAAGAAAGUAUGCUUUCUGACUUCAUUCAUCAUGGGGUAGUAACUAGCUUACAAAAUUCAACUUAUAAAAUAAUGUUUUUUGGCCAUAUUACACCUAUGGAAGCAUAUAUGUGUCAGCUGUUGCCUUCUAGCAAAAACUUUAUUUCAUCUGAAUUAUGCUUAGCAGUAGCAGUGACUGCUUAUUACUUUAGUCACUUGCAAGACGUGUUUCUUGCCAGCUCAUUUUUUUUUUUCUCGCUAAAGUUUUACCGCAUAGUGCGUUUUUUUCAUGUGAAGAUCUACCAGUGUGCUCUAGCAUCCUUGAUAUCAUGAUCUCAUUUGUCAGCCCAGGCAUUAUAGCUUAGGUUGAAUCUGUUAACAGUAGUCUUUCAAGCAGUCUAUACAAAUGUUUGCUUCGGUUCUCUGUUCUCUCUCUGUCUCUGUUUUUUUAGACUUCAGCUUCAGAAAUCUAAUUUGCAAUUUAUUAAUUUUAUACAUGCAUGUAUUUAAGAGCAAAACUUAAAAAAAAAAAUAUUGAUAGCUGGUGGAUACAACAUAACUUUCGUGAGGUUCUCGCGACACUUAAGAUGUGACUGAUGGAAUGCAGCAGUGGUUGCUUGCUUUCAGUUUGACCAUGAUGAGAGUGUUUUAUGUAAAACUAAAUGGCAUAGUGACCUAGCAUGUGAGUUCUCCCAGUAUGAGAACGCAAAAUUAUGGCAGUGCAUCUGCAUUUGUUAAAACAACCAGUACUUGUACAAGCAAGGUCAUCGACUACUAGUUGCUGUCACAAACCAAGGUACAUGAAUUACUGAAAGCUGUACUCAUCGGAAGAACGAUUGAUUGGGUAUUUUGUAAUAUCAGUCAUACCGUACAAUUGAAUUUGUUUUGCACUUCGUGACUAAAAUGAUGUUUCAUGGAUAGGAAAUCUUCACACAGUAAUGGCUUAGCUACACAAGUCUUUUUGGGAUAUAACCUAAUGCUAGGAACUACAUUCUAGCGUUGGUUUGGGCAGUGUAUAAUAAUUUUAUUUGAGGUCUCAGAAGAAGGGUUGUAUGCAGGCAGCAAAACAUUGGGAAAUUUUAGCCAAGUCGGUCUCUGCACGCAUUUCACUGUUUGCACACCAGGGACUUGCGCCUUCAAAGUUCAGGCUGGUUGGGUUAGUGCUGGCUUUAUCACUAAACCUGCUGUUCUUCACUUUGAUGCCAUGUCAGAAAUUUAUGAAAUUUCAUCACGUGCAGUGAAUCUCAAGCAUUGUGUAGCAGUGGGUUAACCUUUAGAACAAGAGGCCACAAGUACAUCAUGCUCUGGUCGGCAAACAUGCCCAUUGCACUUCCCGUUUUGCUAAUGCCUGCCACAGCAACAUGAGCACCCCAGCGCACUCGCUGUCGUCACUGUCUGCAAAUGCACCCUGCCUGAUGCCGUCACAGCUGCCACCGCAGCGGCCGUCGUUGAUCUUCAACCGCUGCUGUGGUAUGCAUCUCGGAUCCUUUGCGCCUCGAUGCAAGGGCUGCAAGUGUACAGUGUGUGGAGACGCAUAUGUGGGCACGCCGUCUCGAAGAUGUAACUGUGGUUGCCGUGUACGGACAGGCAAUGUGUGCUCGACGAGCCUGAAGAACAGCCUAUAUAAACUGGCCCCACUUGACAGUCGCAUUCAUCCUGAAUGUUGGAAGUUCCUUGCGCAUCCUCGUCUCCUUCUAUCUUGCUUGUGUAUUUGUGGGCAAUCUGCGGGGAUUCAGAGUGAUCCCAUCAUCAUUUCAUGGAACCCUGCAUAACUUUCACAUUGUCCCAUUCCUGUCGUCUAUACAGAGUGAAAAAGCGGUGGCUGCUUCAAGUGCAAUCGUAGAGUGAAAUGACGCUUCGUCCAAUAACUUUUUUUUUUUGCCGUUGCUGUUUUGCAGCGCGACAUUGUCUCUGUUUAUGUUGAUAGCGUUGCCCUUUGACAAUGCCUCGCUUAUGGCAGUGGUGGCAAGCUGUUGCCCCUUGCUCUUGCGUCCUCCCAUCUUUUUGUGUGACUCAUCUCAGAAGAGAGCUUUAGAGAGUAAUAUAUUGUAGCUUGAGAUUCCAAAGAGGGACACUGUAGGGGGAUCGGGGAAGGUGGGAAAUCUGGAGGAAAUAUUUACGUUGUCUACACGAGAGCUUAGGCCAACAUUCAUUGUACAUACAGAAGCCACGUGAACUUACGGGCUUGUGAUUGAAUGACUGAAGAACACGUAUAUAAGUUUACUGUGUUUUGUGCUCGACAUGACCAGGGGAGUGAGCUGACUGGAAAGUUUCAGGCCUUUAUUAAAUUAGAAGUCAGACCACAUGUGUUCAGAAUUGACUCUCUUUUAUUAUUUUUAGAACAGCUGCAAGCUUAAAGUUUCAGCGAAAGCGUUAUGUUACUGCUAUUUUUGGGAACCUGUCCAGAAGAUUUAUUAUGCUUAUUUAUGUCUUGGUGCUAAAAAUACUAUAGGGGAGAGUAUGCACUUGGCUUUAAUCAAUGUUCAACAGUUUUAUGACGCAUACUAAGUGGUUUAAAAAAGAAUAUAGCCGUCUGGCGGCUUGUUCAAAAGGAUUAUGACUUACCACCUUUUGGUGUUCUGUUAGGCAUUUAUAAAAAAAAACACACAAUUUCAGUAUUGUACCUAUACCUCCCAAGUGGAAAGACAUAACACAUAUUGAAAACGUGGAACGCUUGUGAGCUCUGCAGCUAUUUUCUAUAGAGUUAACAUGGAACAUAUUCAUGUUCUGGGUGCAGUUUUAUGCAUUUUGUUGCCAUUUAUUGAUUAUAUACAUUGUUUUUCCUAAAAUUUUUGUUUGAUUAUUUCAGCUUAUGUUGCAUGCCAUAUUGUUGAAUUCUUCAGCCAAUUUUCUCGCAAAGUAGUAUGGAAGUGUGGUCUUGGCUUAGCAAACAUUUAUUCAUUGAAGUUGCAAUUAUAAAAACAAAGACUAAAAGAAAACACGCUGCAAGAUGUUUGGAAAACACUCUUUUCUUUAUUUUUUCAUUGCAUGCCAAGAUCAGAAUUUAUUCCAGGUUUCGCAUGUGUAUCACAUUAGCAGUAAUUAGCAAGUUCUUUGUAGUAUCGCAGAAAUUUUUGAAAAAGAACCGGAUAUAACCGCAGCAUAUUAAAAAAAAAUUUUGAAAGUGGCGUCACCUACAUUGCCCCCCACUCCCAGUAACUAAAGUUUGAAUUCAUCUCAGUGUUAACUAUAAAAAGUGGGACGUGUGGGUGAGCCAUUAAUUGAAAUCAACAUGUAGGGAUUCAAUCAGCGGGUAUGCAUACUGUCGAUAUUCUUUUUAUGAGGUCAAAGGUGCUGACAUGGUUCCUUGCGGUUGCCAUCUAAUGUUAUUUUCAAAUACUGGACUGCACAGACAGUUUGAGCCUUGUUUGACCGGCGAGGAUGAGUUCUUUUAAUUGGGAAGAGGCACGACACGAAAAUGUAGCGUCAACAGUUGGGAAUAGGAACCACUAAACGUCCAUCGGUAGUUGUGUAGAGCCACGCAAAAUCAGUUUUCGCUCAGGUUGACAAGAGUGUAACUGUUUAAAGAAGUACUGAAACACACCUUUGAAGUUGUAUGAACUCGUAUCACUCACUUGAAAGCGAUGGGGCUUGGCAGUUAUGAAGGUUGGGAAUAGUUAUAUAAAAACAUUUCAAUGUGAUAUUUUGCAGUCAAUUAGGAAACGCUAUCAUGGUGUCAUUUACAUUUGUCACGACGUAAAGUAGUGCAUGUCGUGUAGUUACGUAUGUCUUGCAUAUGUCAUCUAGCUACGAGGCUGGGCUGGAUGUCGAUAUUUGUUGUGGCGCCAAAUUACGUAUGCACAGAAAAAUGACAAGAGUGCCGCACAUGAAUCGUCUGCGUGCAGUUUUUGGCAGCUGAAGUGAUUGAAAGAAAGGAGCAUGCUGCUGGGUCGUGACAGAUGCUCUUCCUAAUCUCUGAAACCUGUUCAUAAAAAGAAAAAAAGUUGCAGAUUAUCCUGGAUGGUACACUGCCUUCUAGUAUUUUUUUUUGUUUGUUUGGAGGUUUCAGAAAACUUGGACCUUCAUGCAACAUGUCAAACGAUAACAGGACCGUCGUGUCAGUACUUCUUUAAGAUGCAAGUUACCUGCUAUACUGCGAAAUGAAUGAGACAAUGUUCAAAGUAUUUUUCCUCUCCCCUGCGUUCUUUAUGGGCAGCCAGCCAGCGCAUCUACAGACAAGCAGAAAUGGGAGCUCAGCGCCGUACUCCCUGCACAGAGCAUGUAAAACAUUCCAGUCACCUUGCAGCACAUGCGGCAGUGAGUUUGUCAUGAUGCAGGCAGCUGUGUACAUUUUUUCUCCCAAAGCUCCUUAUGUAUAGGGUGGCACUCCUAGCCCGAUUUUUUCCUUCUGUCCUCGCUCCUCUUGGGACAUGGGACAAUGUUACAAUCUUCUUCAAAGUAUGCGGUACUGGGGCUACUCAUUAUCUUGUGAUGGACACUGCUGCUUCAGUUUGUUUAAGUUUUUAGAGUUUAAGAGGGAGGAUUGAAGAAAAAAAAAAACUCAAUGAGUGACACAGUUGUUGAUGCUUAGUGUAUUUAUUCCUCGAAUUUGUCUGUCCUGUGCCGUUUCUUCAUUUUAGCGUAGGGCACGUGAUUGUCACAAAGCGCAUUUCCUUUUGUCUAGUUUCAGUCCCACCCCCCUCCUUUUACGAGUGUAGUGACACUUGUGUGUGACGUGAAAAAUUUCAUGACGUAGCGAUAAACGCCAGCCUGCAGUUGUGGCAUGCAGUAUGUAGAUACAAUACAAAUAUAUUUUUUGUGCCGUUCAUUUGACUCUGCUAUGCUUCGAGCACGAACCGUUCGCUGCUUGUUCCAAGAAUAUGGCGCUCUUGGCAGAGGGUCGGUGUUCUGCCCGUGAAAAUGAACCUAGUGUGAUAACGUUGUUUUCAUCCUGUGCGGCUAGUUUACUUUGCUACGCUUGUGUGGCUGCAUUUGUGAUCAUACUCACAUACUGGAAGCCAGGGGCAUGAUUUUUAUUGCUUUCUUUCCCCACGACAACUUGUUGCACAAAAUGCAGCGGCUUUUGGCCUUGCAGACCUUCAUUAAAAAAUAUACUUUCAUUCGGGGUGUAUUUAGUCGCACUAUUCACUUAUAUUGAAGUUUAUUGCAUUUAUUUUUAUCAGUUUCAGCUCAUGUCUUUGCCAUGUUGCUGCGCUGUGUUGCGUUGGCACUGCUAAUGGGUCUUUAUGUGAAACUGACAUUCUUGUCUCAACAGCAACUCGAAAGUGACCGCACAAGUUUCAUGUUUUCUGUGUGCUAUUGGCAAGUCAUGGGUCCUGAAUGCGGCAUGGCUUGCAGCAGCCAAAAUGUCCACGUUGCGUACUUGCACGACAAUGUCCACUGGACAUUUCUGAGCCAGGCAUUUUGCUGGCACAUCUCGCAUGAACCCUUGCUUGAUUUUGGGUAUAAUGCAUCGUAAGCUUUUUAAAUAUAUGCACAAGUAUUAAUAUUUAGCUUGAUCAGCAUUGGUCCCAAGGGCAUGACAUCAAGCAUGUCUGCCAUAUUCUCAAAUUUAUUCACCCAAGGCUUAUGUUACUGCAACCUAAAAAUGUGCAGCAUAUUGCAAGUUGCAUCAGUGGCACGCUUCUUUGCCUGUCUUCCACAAGUCCAAUCUAAAAUUCUGGCUUUCCACAUUUUCGGUGGUAUCGUAACUCUCACUUUUUUUUGUUGCCCAUCGUCACGAGUGUUGUCGUUUCAUUCACAUUACUGUGUGUGAUUUCGAGUGUGCCUGAAUGCAUGUGCUGUCCACUUUCAGCUCUUUCAGAAAUGUUUUAAGUACUGUCCCAACGGUCUAGUACAGGACACUGACAGACGUAUCUAAAUGCCACUGUGGUCGCCCUUGUCGCUUUAGUCAUCACUCGUGGCUUGAAUUUUUUGUGUAGUGAUAGAUUGAGAGAACAGUGCUGGAUUCUUUGCGGUGGUGCGCAUGCGUCGUUUGUUCCAUUGGAUUUGACUGACUGACCGGAUAAGAGAUGAGGCAUGCAGGCGGUUUCCUGGUAAAAGAUCUUUGACAAAUGCCGCAUUGAAAAAAGGAGUACCAACAGCUUCCGAGCUUCACACCCUUGCUCAUUGACAAAGAACUGCAUGGUGUGCGUGAUUGUGUGGCUGCCGCAUCUACACUAGUAAGGAUUGUGUUGCUUGCUGGCCGCACUACAAAACGAGUGGGCUUUGCUGAACGCUGCCUCCCGCUACUCUCUACACACGGCACAGCAAGCAUCAGCCUGUCACCAUUGAAAACAGAUUUAACUUAAAAAGAUGAGCUCUGCUUCAGAAUCGUGCUGACUCUUGUGAGCGGCAUAAAUUUCGCAUCAUGUAGAUUUAUGUAUUUUAUGUACAGAUAUGUAAAUUCAUUGAAUUGAAAAAAUAAAUUAUUGACAUUGA